AUGUCAUCUCCAUACAUUCCCCCUCCUGAAUUGGAGGAAUUUCUCAAUGGGCCGCCACCAAUAUACAUCGGAUUUGGCUCCAUAAUUGUAGAUGACCCCAAGGAACUUACUUUAUUGUUGUUGGAAGCAGUGAAGCUGGCCGGGGUACGAGCCAUUAUCUCACAAGGAUGGGGCGAAUUAGGCAGUGAAGACUUGGUGAUUCCUCCCAACGUUCAUUUUAUAGGAAGUUGUCCACAUGACUGGAUUUUUGAAAAGAUUUCUUGCGUGGUACACCACGGCGGCGCCGGUACAACGGCUGCGGCUAUGGCUUGUGGAAAGCCUUCAAUUAUCGUCCCCUUCUUUGGCGAUCAGCCAUUCUGGGGGGAUACUAUCGCGAAAAUAGGCGCAGGCCCCAAGCCUAUUCCGUUUAAAAAACUAACUGCGCCCGAUCUCGCUGCGGCUAUCGGCGCUGCCCUUGAGCCAGAUAUCAAACAGAGAGCAAAAGAACUCGGGGAGCAAGUUCGUAACGAGAGCGGCGUCGAUGCUGGAGUCACGUCAUUCCACCAUCAGCUUGAGCAUUCUGAUCUGAGUUGCAGGAUCGUAAACUCGCGCCCAGCGGCUUGGAAAAUUCGAGGAACAGACAUUCAGAUCGGCUCUAGUGGUGUGGCGCUCCUAGUUAACAGAGGUUUGCUUAGUACUGACAAAAUUGAGCUACUUCGACCGCAAAAAUAUAAUUUGAACAUCGGGCCUCGAGAUCCAUUCUCGGGAAUGGCUUUUGCUUUUAUUGAUUCAGCAGCAGAGAUCGGCGGAGGGCUCAGCCACUUUGGUGCAUCAGCUCAAGAGCUCUUCCGAUCAAUUUUUGAGAAGGGGUCUAUACACUCGGGCAAGCGAUCUGCAUUUGCCUCCAGCAUGAAGGGAAUCGGGAAAGCCUCCGUUACUGCCGUUCGAGCUCCCAUUGAUGUUGCCUUCGCAUUCACUCAAGGCUUGCACAAUGCGCCGAAACUCUGGGGUGACCCCUAUGUAGAGUUGCCCGAGACUGUCGAGGGCAUACCAACCGGGCUCACAGCAGCAAGCAAGGUAAAUUACAAUCUAUAA